AUGGCUGCCGUGGCGGCUGGCGGGGUUUGGCAAAAGGCCCUUGCCCAACUACAGGCGAGUUCAUGGAAUGUUGGCCGUGCGCCAACGGCACGUUGUUGGCUUGACUUUUUUCGUUUUUGCGCGACCCCUUUUUCCACAAAUACCGGGCAGAACCGGCCGUCUCUUUUGACGUCGUCUUUACCAACAUCGGUGCGCCUACUCAUAGCCGAAAGUAUCAUGGAUGUGGUAAGGUUGGCUCGCCUGCAGCAGCUCUUUUCCACAUCGCCUGGGGGUAUGUUUUGUGAAUUGCAGGACGGCGGGCGGCAAGGCAGCAGGGAAGAAACGGCAGCGUCUUUUUGGGCCGGUGGCGUUCCAGACGAUGUGAAUGGUGUUUUUCUCACCACCGAUGCUUCUCCCUCCAUGCCCUCGUCUGAGAUGGUGGAGGUUUUGUCGCAUUGGUGUGCUGCACAUGAGGCCCCGCACGAUGUUGCGCAGUUGUUGGGCUGGCUUCGGGAAGCGGUGGGGUUCCUUCGCUUCUUCACGCCUCAGUCCAUAUCGCAUCUUGAGGGAAGUGCACCACCACCACAACAACAACGGAGGCUGUACCUCACAUAUUCAGAGUUGCUUCGUGUCUUGCACCAUGGGCUCUUUACAUUCUCUCUACGUCCCCAGGCGAAUGGAGUGGAACAUGUGUCGGCAGAUGUCUCGGUUCACGAAGAAGUAGCAUUACUCGCAAUAUGGCUUCUGCAGAAAUUGAGGAAUGGCGAUGCGGAAGAUGGUCUUGUUGGCCCUUCCAACCCCCCGUCUUCCGUCCAUGUUGACUGCAACAGUAACAACAACAACAACAAGGAAAAAGCGCUUAAUAAGAUGGAGAAUAUGUUACAGGAGACACAGAUGCUCCUUGCCUCGCGUGGGGCGACGCAGGCAUGGUUGCUCCACCUUCCGGGGGUUCUUCGUGACUGCGGUGAAAAUACCAACGGUCUCAGCAGUGGGGUGGUAAAUGACACGGCGCGGCGUAUUAUUAAAAUGCAAAGACGUAGUCCUGUCUGUAGAAUUGCUAGCGAGCUUCUUUUGUUUACCUCCUCUUCCACGAGUUCUCCGAAUGUGUGUGUACCUUUUGUGGAUAGAUUUGCCCUGGAGAACGAGGCCGCGGUGUAUGCGAUGCAUGCGCAGCUUAGCUCCAUCGCAUUUGCUGGCAAGGCCUGA